AUGUCUUCAUCCCAAUCAUUCACUCUAGGGCCUGCCCUGCUCGCCAUCCCCCUUUCUCUACUUCUUUGUUUAAUUGCCUCCUCCGGUUCUGCGAUGUGCCGAAAACGGCCUCCUGCUCCAAUCUCUUCCAUAUACAAGCCCGCUCGCUAUCUCAUUAACCCGCAAAAGUACAGCGCACGAAUUGGCGGCCAGGGCAAUCGGCACUUUCCUGUCCCAAACCCCGUGACUCUUAGGUUCAGGACCUUUCGCCUGCACUUUACUAGCAUGCUCAAUAUUGACACCCUCCUCACUGGAAUGCUCUCUACAGACAUGAUCCAAACUGAAAUUCUCUGA